AUGGGAAGACUCCGUUGGGGAUGCAAUGGAGGACGCUAUCGUAACUGCCGGAAACUGCAACGGUUCAUCGAGGUCCUCCACUGCUACGUCUUCUUCAUUGAGGCUGGUUGGGGUGAUUUUAGCCAAGGAAUUGACCGCCACCACCAUCGUCGACUCCUCGGCGGCUGCCAACCCGAGAUCGAGCGUUGUCUCUCCCCUAGCCGCCUCUUCUUCUUCGGGUCGUUGCACAGGUGGCCAUGCUUGGAGCUGAGUCAGCUGUCACUGUCCGUCGGCUGGGGACUCCACUUGGCAUGA